CGCCUCAAGUAAACAAACAAAUCUUGUGGAAGCCGAUCGCCCGUCCAAAUCCCUCACCGUUUUCUCUCGCCGUGAUUUGCUUUCUCCGGCGAGAUAUGACCUCCUCGGUCUGGUGCCUUUCCGCUUCCUGUUCCGCCCAUUGGCCCUCUUUGACGCCGUCCCGACCGCCGCUGCGGGCUCAGGAGGCUUCCGUUUCUUUGUGCCGCCUCAGCUUCUGCGGGCGUGGCUGCUCCCUUUUGCCUCCUUCGAAGAUGGGUAUAAUCCGAGGAAGAAUUCACGGUGUCGUAUGUAUGGCCCCCCAGGAAGAGAGGAAAACUCGCCGCUCGCCUCUCGAUUUCCCAAUUGAAUGGGAAAGGCCUAAGCCUCCCAGGAGGCCUGAUAUAUUCCCACAAUUUAGCCCGAUGAAGACUCCACUGCCGCAUCCGCUACCUGAGGACCCCCCUGAAGAGGAUGAGGAAGAAGAGGAAGAACAGAAGGAGGAAGAAGAAGAAAACCCGGAGGAGGAAGAAUCAGAAAACCCAGAGCAAUCCAAGAUGCAACAAUGAUGGCCUUGAUUCUCGAGCACUAGUAUCAUAUUUUGUCCCGAUGAUAAGUACUCGAUUUGUCAUUCUAAAUUUUGACUCUGGUGUCAUCCUUUUUUCUGGUUGAUAUAUGAAUAUGAUGAUAUUGAUCAUAACACUGGCAUAUUUGUUUGAUGAGUGAUAUAUUAUUUUAGAAUUCAAUCAAAA